AUGCCCAGCCACAGACCUCAUGAUUUGGAUCUCAUGGAAGACGUCAAAAGUCUCAAGCUAUCGCAAGCACCGCGAGGCCAAUGCAGAAUGUACCUGGAGAACCGUGCAGCCCCAGGCGUGGUUUCUGGACUGGACGCUGUAGACCUCUUGUGGUCUGCCGACUUCACUUUCCUGCCUCUCCCGCCAUAUCACUGCCAUGUACGGGCAUGUCUUGACACAGCUGCCAUCCAAGCCAGGUGUACCCAAUUGCCAUGUGGCCUCCGACGAUGCACGAUCGCUCACUCACCACACGCGGCCCUUAUCACCAGCCGGGAAGUUUUUGGCAACAGGAGGAGAUCACUGUGGUAUGCAUGGCGUGCUAUGGGAGGAUCGAAUCGUGUUUGGAGAUCAUCCAUGACCUCCACAGGUCUCGCCAAAAUGCCUUUCCUCGUGCGCACAGGACACUACUGGAGACUCAACCCUAGGGAAGGCACCGUCGAAACGACCCGGGCAUCAUUCGAGCAUCACAUCCAAUCGCUCGUUGAGAAACUUCGCCUCUAUGAAUAUGUCACGGCACCAAAGGCCGGCUCCUGUGUAGCCCGCGAUGUCAGAGUGAAAACCCAGCGCUUCGAUACGCUUCUUGUGUUAGGUCGUCGCUGGCACUGUCUUGUCUUCACGCAUUGCGCCGAGAGCCGUCACGACCCACAAGGUGCCCUAUCAGCUUCAGUGCUUGGCUCUUAA